AGGUAGGCGCCCCGCCCCUCGGCGGCUCCAGGUUCGGCCUUGGGCCCUCCGCGUUGGGGCAGGGGCUAGGCCGUCAGCCAGGGCCGACGGCCGCGGCGCUAUGGCCGAGUCCCAAGUGAGCUGCCUGGACGAGGCGCAUGUGAACGAGAAGGUGACCGAGGCGCAGGCCGCCUUCUACUACUGCGAGCGGCGGCGGGCCGCGCUGGAGGCUCUGCUGCGCGACGGCGAACAGGCCUACUGCGACCAGGUCCAGAAGGAGCAGCUACGGAACUUCCUUUCCAGCCCGGAGCGCCAGGCCCUCCGCGCAGCCUGGAGCCCCUAUGAGGACGCCGCCCUUGCCGCACGGGGCAAGAGCAAAGCCAAAGCCAAGGGCGCCGCGCCAGCCCCGGCCCAGCCCACCGAGUCCCUGGCCUACUGGCCAGACCGCUCUGACACCGAGGUGCCCCCUCUAGACCUGGGCUGGACGGACAGCGGCUUCUUCCGCGGCGUGAGCCGCCUCACCCUCUUCACCCAUCCCCCCAAGGAAGAGAAGGCGCCACACCUCAAGCAGGUGGUCAGGCAGAUGAUCCAGCAGGCCCAGAAGGUCAUUGCUGUGGUCAUGGACCUCUUCACUGAUAGUGAUAUUUUCCAAGACAUUGUGGAUGCUGCCUCUAAGCGCCGGGUCCCAGUGUACAUCAUCCUGGAUGAGGCAGGAGUGAAAUAUUUCCUGGAGAUGUGUCAAGGCCUGGAGCUCGCUGACUUCCGUAUUCGGAACAUCCGUGUCCGGUCUGUGACAGGUGUCGGCUUCUAUAUGCCCAUGGGGAAGAUCAAGGGGACCCUGUCAUCGAGGUUCUUGAUGGUGGAUGGUGACAAAGUAGCCACUGGAUCCUACAGGUUCACCUGGAGUUCCUCCUACGUGGACAGGAACCUUCUCCUCCUUCUGACAGGGCAGUACGUAGAGCCCUUCGAUGUGGAGUUCAGGGAGCUGUAUGCCAUCUCCGAAGAGGUGAACUUGUUCCAGCAGCUGGGCCUGGGAGGAGGCGCAGGCAGACUUGGCCUCAACUACUCCUCCACCGUGGCCCGAAAGCUUAUCAACCCCAAGUAUGCCCUGGUGGCAGGCAGCCGCCAGCCCCCAGGGGAGAUGAUGCGCUGGGCUGCCCGGCAAGAGCGGGACCCUGGUGGCAGCCCAGAGGGGCAGGAGGAGGGUGGUGGAGGUGGUGAGUCGGCCCGGCGCCUGGACAGCUUCCUGAAUGAUCUGGUCACAGUGGAGCAGCUGCUGCCCCCCGUGGAGCCCAUUCCCUUGAGAGCGCUGAGCCGGACGGAAGGCAGGAAGGUCUCUCACAUGCAUAUAGACCUGCGGCCCAAGGCCCGAGAGGCACCUGCCCAAAAUGGCAAGGGGGAAGCUGCCAACGGGGAGGCCAUGUCAACCAAGGAGGGCAAGCGCUUCAGCAGCAGGUUCUUCAGUCGACGGGCCAAGAGGCCUGCAGCGUCCAACAGCAUGGACAGCUCCCUCUCCACAGAGACAGUGACCGACAGGGACUUUCUGAUGGGGAAGAAGACCAAUGAGGGUUCCAGUGCCAACAUCUCAGGUCAGAGAGCAGGAAUCAGCCACAGAAACUGCAGGCCACAUCACAGGAUCAGCAAGGAAGUGGAAAUGGAUUCUGAGGCCCAGGGAAACAGAAAAACGAGCUGCUGUGGUAAAACAAGUCCCAGUCCUGCCAAGGCCAGCAAUUGCGUGAUUUCCUGAGCCACAGGACAGUGGUGGGUGGAACCUGUGGAUACCCACCUGUGUUCUCCUGUGCUGUGAAGGGCACAGGGCUCACUCCGCACCAGUUUGCACAUUGGACACUGACCAGCCUCUUAGCCUCGGGGCCUGAAUCCCACGUGAGAGGGUCCAGGGCAUCUCAAGACCAUCAUGUGCCUCCAUCAGACUGCCAAAGACCAGGCAGAUGUCACUGCCACCUUUUUUACAUGAUGUGGAAGCUUGACUAGUGUCUGCUCUCCUUUAUGCUAACUCCCUUUUGCUGGGCCAGCCUCAGAGCUGCAGGUCCCCAGGUGGGACAAGGGCUACUAUGUCUUAUGCUUUAGUGAGAUGAGGUCUGCAAGGCAGCCCUAGCCACCUGGCUUCCCCUUCCCUGGGCUUUCCGGUGCUUUCUUGUCCCCCAGCGAGGUUGGGAAGAAGGGAAGAGGAUGGGGCUAUGAAGCCAGGGAUCUCGAGUCUAGUUUUGCUCCAGCCACAGGACGCAAAGUAGAAGCUGUUCUGGGACAGCCAGGGCACUGGCUGCUAUGACCUUCCUAGACCAGUCCCCACAGGCUCCUGCACCAGACUGAGUGGAGUGGGGGGAGGGUUUGACACUGCCAGUUUGGGGACCCCUUUCCCUCACUCUGCACUACCUGUAGGCUCUGCCUGAGUGCUCCAGGCUUCCUGGGCUGGUGCCUGCUGCGAGCCUCUAUGAGGUUCUCAGGGUUUCCUGACCAGGGCUGCCCAUCCCCUCAGUAAGGGCUUGGGUUUGCACCCUAAUGAGAGAGGGGAGGCAGGAGUGGGGGACCGCUGGGUGCCAAGGACAGGAGUAUCUGCCCCUUUCUCCCCAGUUGGUCCUUGGUCCCCUUCACCCUCCAGAACUCCCCCAGUUACACGUCAGACAAAGACCAGCCUUAGCCUCCUGCAAAAAGUCAGGCUGAGGGCCAGGGAUUUAGCUCAGUGGCACUGAGCCUGCCUGGCAAGCACAAGGUCCUGAGUUCCAUCCCUGGUACUGAAAAAAAAAAAAAAAAGGCUGUAACAUGGUGCUGGGCCAGGUCAAGCAGUAAAUGAUCACACACAGGUAACCGGUAAGGGCUGAGUGAGGUGAGUGGACAAUGGAGAAACUGUCCAACUACAGGCUCUGAGCCGGCCCUCCCUAGACAGGCAGUGUGCUAGAGGGGCAAAGGGCUGAAGUGUCCUGGGGAAGGGCCACAAGGCAGCCUUUCUCAGCCUCUGCCCUCUGAGCUAAAACUCCUGUCCCUUUUCUUUCCUUAUGAAAAGUGCUGGGACACCACCAGCUCUGAGGGAGGGACACAGAUGUCUGCAAGGCAGCUGAUGAGAGGCAGAGGGGGGCACAUGGGGCUGCAGGAAGUGGGGACAAGACACAAGGCCUACGUGGAGUCUGGUCUCCCCAGUGGCAGAGAGGGACAGGGAAAAGGAAGGUGAUCUGACCCCAGGUCUUCUCUGUUGUUCCUGAGGCUGGUUUCUAGGUGUGUGAGGAAGGGAACCCAACCCACCUUCUUGAGGCUUCAUGAGGAUUAAACACUUCUGGGAAGUGCUGCCUUUCGUACCAAGGCCUGUUUGCUUGGCACAUCCUUGUUCGGGAGGGGAAAGGAAGGAGGGGGGUCAUGGGAAGUGGCUAUUACUCCACAGCUCCAAGCGGUCACCUUGAAGAUACAGGACACAAGGUACCUGAAUUGUACUGGAGGAAAGAAAUCACCCUUGCAGUGAAGGUUGGCACCUUGGCCUAGGAAAGGGCCAUUCUGCCGAGGCCUUCUUGUAUUCCUCGAUGAUGGAAGCUGGCCUGCUUUAUCCCUUUCUCCUCAGAAGCAGAUCCAGCCCCCAAAUCUAGUAGGAUCCCAGUGGAAGUUCUAAGUCACUGCAGCCUUGGUCAGGCCCUCCUUUCUGCCUCAGUUUCUCUAUAUGCCAAGAUGAGGUUAUUCUCACUUUCUGUAGCAAUGAAGAGGAAACGAUGUUGAAGAGGAACCAACUCAGUGUUGGGCAGAGUGCUGGCCUGCAGGUGGGGCACCUUUCCCCUUCAGCCUGCUUCCUCAUCCUUACAGAGGGUGGGUAAGAUGGUCUCUGCCCCUUCCAGCUCUGAAAUCCUGGUGAAAGAGACUACAGUGUAAAGAUUGCCAAGGAUCUCCAAGUCUUGAGAUGCAGCUCUGAAUGUUUGCUUGUCAGCCUGAGCUCCGGCCCACUCUGUUCCACCUCUUGGCUUUUCAGUCUUGAGUGCAUCUGUUCUCUGUCCCAGCACUUGCUCAUACUUUGGAAGAUAUUCUCUCACUUGUCACAUCUCGAGGGUACACCUGGCCUUCCCAGUUGGAAGGCAAAUUCAGGGCUGAAGGGUGCCCUUAGUUGCACCACCUGCAUGCUAGUGGCAUUGGAAGGUCUCUACAGAGGCAGGAUGAAAGGACACUUAGAGCCAGCUCUGGCUUUGUGCUUCCACCCCUGUCCACCAGGCCACCAUCUCCCUCCUCAGUCCAGCUUCUGUGAGCCCUGGGGAAGCCAUUCUCCCAAUGAGCUGAGGCCUCUGCCCCAUCAGGGCAGGAAGCACAGGAUUCCAAAUGGUACUGGGGGCUAUUCCUUGAGGUUUGGCCAAACUGCCUUGUAACAGCUGUCUGUUCUCAGGGUAUGAUUAUGGUCAGCCCUAUUCCCCUGAUUCCUCAAAGACACUUCCAAGACAGUGUCUGCAAAGCUCAAUAUGCUAUGCCUAUACAGAACUUUAUAGAUUAAGACAACAAAGGAAGCCUGGAGAUGUGAAGGGGAGCUGGCCAGAGAAGGAGAAUGGGCUCUUUUUAUUCCCCUUGCUGUGCAAGUUUUCUCUCUCUCUCUCUCUCUUUUUUUUUAAUUUUCCACACUAUUAGCCAGAAUCUCUUUUUUUUUUAAGUUUUUUUUCUCAUUUAUUGAGCACCUCCUAUAUGGCCAGUGUCUGUGCUAGAUGCUUUAGUCAUGCAGAUUUCAAACUAUGAACAGCUGGGGUGGGGGUGGUUUAGCUCAGCUGCAUUGCACUUGCCAUGUAAGCAAAAGGUCCUGAGGUCCCCAGUACCAGAAAAAACCCAAAACAAACCAUGAACAGCUCAGGAGAGGCCCCCCUGUAAAGUCAACAGCCUUCCCACGUAUUAAGGGUUUGAGCCACAUGCGAUAUGAGAUCUCCAUUUUGCAGAUAAGGAAGGCUCUCCCUAAAUUCCCCAUCUGAGCUCAGGCUUGCAGCAUACCUUGGAGCUGCAAAAUCCUCUGUUGGGAACCGGACAAUGCUAUACCCUACAGGAUAUUGCUCGGCAGAUGAGACAACCAAAAUAUCUCCAAGCAUUAUCAGAUGUCCCCCAGGUUUGGACAUAAAAACACCCUCCAUUUAAGGUCCCCACUCUAUUUUGCAGCCCCGACAGCCACACAGGUGGCUCUUGGAAGCGCUUCCACCUACUCUCUGCCCUGUGUGUCUGACAGGCUUUGGCCCAGAGAGGCUUGGCCAAGCUGCCUGAGAUUUUUGGUUUCUGGCAGAGUGGUGAAUAACAGCAUCAUCUUUGUCCUACUUACCUUUCUUAGCUCUUCACUACCUUGUUCUCCCCAGAACAGGUGUGUUUAUGUGCACACAUCUGCCUGAUUCCACUCAGCUCCCUGUCAGGUUUUCUCCCAAUCUGUUCUUCCUUUAGUCUCAGCUAUGUCCCACAUGGAAAGCACCAUGGGAUAGACCCAUGUGUUUCCGACAACAGCCCCCUCCCAAAACAGCCAGGGAUGACAGCAAGUGACUUCUAAACUCCAGUCAGGCCAGUGGGAAUUGCCACCUGGCUAUCAUGAACACAUUCUGAGUAAACAUCAACAAAGUCCCCUCAGCAGAUAUUAGCCCUGCCAUGUGUGGAUUAUGGAAAGCAUUUAUAAGCUGCUAUCGGGCCGCACUCAGGCCCUCCCACCCAAAGGAUCCAGCAGCUGUCACUGAUCAUCCCCAUUUCUGUUCCAGCAGUAGGAAGAGAGCUGCUGCAGGACGAUCACCCCAGGCUUGAGUCUGAAAGGCAGGUGGCAGGGAGGCAGGUACAGAUAUGAGAAUAUUCUCAGGCUAAGCAAUUACAAGAUCAGCCCAAAGACCUUGCACAGUUAGGCCUGAACUUUUCACCCCUCCCCUUCAAGGCUUCUACUCUCCCACUACGGAACAAAGAAGGCCUGGAGAGACAGGUCCCAUUCUUCCUUUGGGCUGGGGAGCCUGGAGACCAGGCUCUGUGAGGACAGAAAACUUAUCUGUCUGGCUCAUUGUUGUUGCCACAGUAUUUGCUUAAUACCUAUUUGAGUUUUUUUGCUUUUUUUUUCUUAAUACCUAUUUGUUAAAUGAUUGAAGACUUGACAGCCACUCAAUACAGAGAAUAAAGCAGGCUAAUAAACUGG